AUGUGUUCAAUCACUUCGCAUGUAAUCAUUGGAUUAUUAUUACAAUAUCCUUCUACUUUUCAUUUGGCGGCAGCGAAGUUGCACAAUGGUCAUCUAUCAAAUGCAGAUGGAAAUGGGGAUUGGGUACUAACUAUAUUUUCAGCACUAGCUCUUAUAAUUGAUGUCUUGGAAUUGCUGCCUUCUCAUGUAGCUGUUGUAUUUGAUUAUGAUGGAGCUCCGUUUGAUCAUACUUGUGUUUCAUCCAAAGAAAAUUUGAGGGGAAAAGGUAUCAAUUUUCGCCACAAUUUAUACCCUGCAUACAAGAGCAACCGUCCUCCUACACCUGACACAAUAGUUCAGGGACUGCAAUAUCUGAAAGCAUCCCUCAAAGCCAUGUCCAUUAAAGUCAUCGAGACACCUGGAGUAGAAGCAGAUGAUGUGAUUGGAACGUUAGCCACAAAAAGUGUUGCUGAAGGGUUCAAGGUGCGAGUGGUUUCUCCAGAUAAAGACUUCUUCCAAAUUCUAUCUCCUUCAUUGCGUCUUCUACGCCUUGUACCACGGGGCUCUGAAAUGGUUUCUUUUGGGAUAGAAGAUUUUUCUGAACGAUAUCGGUCAUUGAAACCUUCUCAAUUUGUUGAUAUGAUCUCUCUCGUGGGUGACAAGGCAGAUAAUAUUCCAGGAGUUGAAGGUAUAGGUGACGUCCAUGCUUUGCAACUAAUCUCUAGAUUUGGGACACUGGAAAAUCUGCUGCAAUGCAUUGAUCAAGUUGCAGAAGAACGAAUAAAAAAGGCCCUGAUAACACAUGCUGAUCAGGCUGUACUAAGCAAAGAAUUGGCCAUACUACGAUGUGAUCUUCCACACUACAUGGUUCCAUUUGACACCGAAGACCUGGAGUUUAGGAGACCAGAGGAUAAUGGGGAGAAAUUUACAAGUCUGCUGAAUGCGAUAAGUGCUUAUGCGGAAGGAUUCUCGGCUGAUCCAAUCAUUAGAAGAGCUUCCUACCUCUGGAAGAAGCUCGACUCUCAGUGA